CGGAAAACAGAACCGGAGGAGUUGUGGGGUGAAGGAGGGGGAGACGAAGAAGAAGUACAAGGCCGGGGGGGGUGGCAAGGAAGAAUGGAUUCGGUCAAGCUUGCGCUUCCUUCACGUCUUUACGCCUGUCUCGUUGUGUUUUGGGCGAUUUUGUUCCCGAGCUCGCUCGGCUCGGAGUUAACUUUUGUCACGUGCGGCUCUGUGCUCAAACUCUUAAACGUCAAACACAACGUGAGACUUCAUUCGCAUGACGUGCGCUACGGCUCAGGAAGUGGCCAGCAGUCGGUGACGGGCGUGACCAGCGUGGAGGACAGCAACAGCUACUGGAGCGUGCGCGGCACCGGCGGCGCCGCCUGCCUUCGAGGAAACGCCGUCCAGUGCGGGCAAAACAUCCGUCUGACGCACGUCAACACGGGACGCAACCUGCACAGCCAUUACUUCAGCUCGCCGUUGUCUUCCAACCAGGAAGUGAGCGCCUUUGGCGAAGAGGGCGAGGGCGACCACCUGGACGAGUGGAUCGUGGAGUGCGGCGGGGCGGUGUGGAAGCGCGCCGAGGCCGUGCGGCUGCGCCACAAAGCCACCGAGGCGGCGCUGGCGGUGACGGGCGAGCAGUACGGACGGCCCAUCAACGGCCAGAGGGAGGUGCACGCCAUGGCCGGCGGCGGGCAGCACAGCCUGUGGAAAGCCAUGGAGGGCGUCUUCGUCAAGCCCGCCGACGGGCCCCCCUUGGCCCACGCGCACAGCGAGUUGUGAAGGCCCGACAUGCGCCGUGUCCUGCCGCUCUUUGGGGCAAAAGCUUUGCGGCGUUCACUCGGACGACGGACGAAGCGCACGCAAGCGGAUCUCUAUUUAUUGGCGCUGCCGGGGUUCGUCUCAACUCGCAAUAAAUCCCUCAACUUUU